AUGUAAACUAGCUUAAUGUAGCUGCUACAUGAUUUGACGUUUUGCGUUACCUACCAACUUUAAAACGCAACCAUUAAGAUUUAGUAUUUGUGAACAUGGCGCGAGGUAGUAGUGCUGGUUUUGAUAGGCAUAUUACGAUCUUUUCGCCAGAAGGACGACUUUAUCAAGUGGAAUAUGCAUUUAAAGCAAUAAAUCAAGGUGGUUUAACGUCUGUCGCCGUUAAAGGAGUCGACACUGCCGUUUUUGCAACUCAGAAGAAAGUGCCUGACAAGCUGCUUGAUGCAUCCAGUGUAACUCAUAUUUUCCAACUUACUGAACACAUUGGAUGCCUUAUGACUGGCAUGAUAGCUGAUAGCAAAUCUCAAGUACAACGAGCUAGAUACGAAGCAGCCCAUUUUAAAUACAAGUACGACUAUGAAAUUCCUGUAGAUGCACUGUGUCGUCGUAUUGCUGACAUCAGUCAAGUAUACACUCAAAAUGCAGAAAUGCGACCUCUUGGAUGCUGUAUGAUGCUUAUUUCAUAUGAUAAAGAAAAAGGUCCUUGCGUUUACAAAGCAGACCCUGCUGGAUAUUUCUGUGGCUACAGAGCCAUAUCUGUUGGUGCUAAACAGACUGAGGCUAAUUCUUAUCUUGAGAAAAAAUUGAAGAAAAAGCAAAAUUAUGAUCAUAAUGAAACAAUUCAAUUAGCUAUUACAUGUUUAUCUACAGUCUUAUCUGUUGAUUUUAAACCAACAGAGAUAGAAAUUGGUGUGGUAUCAAAGGACAAUCCCAAGUUUCGAACUUUAACGGAACAAGAAAUUGAUAAACAUCUUACAGCAAUUGCUGAGAAAGAUUAAUAACUUUAUGUAUAAUUGAAUAUAAAUAAAUAUCAUGUCUUGCUUAAUAUACUUUCUUACUUCAACACUUUGAAUGAAAAAAAUAAGUAUUUUGUCAAGUUAUAUAAUUGUUAACAAACAAAUAAAAUAUACACAUUUUUAGCUUA